ACUUCAAAAUCACUUCGCAAUUAACAAACUCAACAUGAACAAUUCCAAAGAAAUCAUUAUCCGUCACGUGUGGGGUUACAAUCUCGAAUAUGAAUUUGGUCUUAUUCGUCACGCUAUUCAUCGAUACCAUUUCAUCUCAAUGGAUACAGAAUUUCCGGGUGCUAUUCAUUCCCCCAAAAUUGACCACCGUCAUCUUCAGCCAUCUGAUCAGUAUCGUUUCUUGAAGGCCAAUGUGGAUGAGCUUAAGCUCAUCCAACUUGGUCUUACGCUUUCUGAUCCAGAAGGAAGCCUUCCUGAUUUUGGAACCAAUCAUUGCUACAUUUGGGAGUUUAAUUUCAAAGAUUUUGAUGUUAAUCGUGAUCUUUGUAAUGAAGAUUCUAUUGAUAUGCUUCGCCGUCAAGGGAUCAACUUUGAGUGCAAUUUAUAUCACGGUGUGGAUUCAAGGCGUUUCGCAGAUCUAAUGUUCUCCUCUAUACUUGUUUUCAACAAAUCAAUCAUUUGGGUCACAUUUAGUAGUGCUUAUGAUUUCGGAUAUUUGGUGAAAAUAUUGACCCGAAUGAAUUUACCCAAUAAGUUAGAGGAUUUUUUAAACGUGGUAGAAGUACUAUUUGGAAAAAGUGUUUAUGAUAUGAAAUACAUGAUGAAGUUCUGCAACUCUCUAUACGGUGGUCUCGAGCGAGUAGCUACCACACUUGAUGUGCGUCGGGCGGUAGGAAAGUCUCACCAAGCUGCAUCUGAUAGUUUGUUAACGUUGCAUGCAUUCACAAAAAUGACGAAGACUUAUUUCAAAAAUAAUGAAGGUCCCAAGCAUGCUGGAGUACUGUUUGGAUUAGAAAUGAACAAUUCCAAAGAAAUCAUUAUCCGUCACGUGUGGGGUUACAAUCUCGAAUAUGAAUUUGGUCUUAUUCGUCACGCUAUUCAUCGAUACAAUUUCAUCUCAAUGGAUACAGAAUUUCCGGGUGCUAUUCAUUCCCCCAAAACUGACCACCGUCAUCUUCAGCCAUCUGAUCAGUAUCGUUUCUUGAAGGCCAAUGUGGAUGAGCUUAAGCUCAUCCAACUUGGUCUUACGCUUUCUGAUCCAGAAGGAAGCCUUCCUGAUUUUGGAACCAAUCAUUGCUACAUUUGGGAGUUUAAUUUCAAAGAUUUUGAUGUUAAUCGUGAUCCUUGUAAUGAAGAUUCUAUUGAUAUGCUUCGCCGUCAAGGGAUCAACUUUGAGCGCAAUUUAUAUCACGGUGUGGAUUCAAGGCGUUUCGCAGAUCUAAUGUUCUCCUCUAUACUUGUUUUCAACAAAUCAAUCAUUUGGGUCACAUUUAGUAGUGCUUAUGAUUUCGGAUAUUUGGUGAAAAUAUUGACCCGAAUGAAUUUACCCAAUAAGUUAGAGGAUUUUUUAAACGUGGUAGAAGUACUAUUUGGAAAAAGUGUUUAUGAUAUGAAAUACAUGAUGAAGUUCUGCAACUCUCUAUACGGUGGUCUCGAGCGAGUAGCUACCACACUUGAUGUGCGUCGGGCGGUAGGAAAGUCUCACCAAGCUGCAUCUGAUAGUUUGUUAACGUUGCAUGCAUUCACAAAAAUGACGAAGACUUAUUUCAAAAAUAAUGAAGGUCCCAAGCAUGCUGGAGUACUGUUUGGAUUAGAAAUGACGGCUUAUUAAAUAGAAUAAGAGAAUUGUAAUAAAAAUUGAAGUAUAUUAAAUACUCAUUCUUUGUAUAUCUUCUUCUCUUUUUAAAU